AUGCUGUGGCCCGACGGCCUCGUCCGAUACUGUUUUGAAGACGAGAGCGCCCGCAACAACUUCAAGGACGACAUUGACGCAGCCUGGAAACUCUGGGUAGACAAGAUUGGGGAACCUGGUUGCCCAAGCGGUCACAUACUUCAGUUCAGGGAGUACAGAGUCAAGGAAGCCGUGUGGCCGUACUGCUACAACAAACGCGAAAAGGAUGACGACCCUUGGGUCUGGAAUAAGCACGUCAAGAACGACAUCGCCGUUGUCGCGGAAUCCAAAGACACCGAGACACAGGCCUCUUCGGUCACGGGAUACAUACCCCAAGAAUGGAGUGACGAGCAAGGUCGCCACGGCAUCCAUCUCGGUCUGUCAUUCAAGCAAAAGUACCCGCCAGAUUACUGGAUCACAACCGUCGCCCACGAACUAGGCCACCUGUUCGGAUUCUGGCAUGAGCACCAGCGCGAAGACCGCAACGACUACGUUCACUUUGACUGCUCCAAACUGCGGGGUUACGCAGCUGCGAAAGCGAAAGUCGAUGCGGCGAAAGAACAUACCAUGGAACAAAUCUGCGCCGACUACCGUCUAGCUCUCCAAUACGACUUCCCCGCUGUCCAAGACUACGAUACCAUUGACCAUAUCGCGCCUCUCCACGACGGAGGUAUUGAGUUACCACUAUACAUCAACAAUGACCUAGAAUUCGACGACGAAUCUAUCAUGUUGUAUACCUCAGCGGAGUUCGCGAACGACGGAGCCAAUACAGACGAUGUCCUACAAGUCCCAUUAGCAUUCUGGAAGCACCGUGGUAUAGGCUUCGAUCCACCAAACCCAGUCACAAAAGAGGACCUAGAAAUCAUCGACGUGCGAUGGAAAGUCAGCGACGGAGAUGCAGACGGCGUCCGCCAUUUGUACCCUUACAUCGAAUCGGACGAAGAGAUGGAGAAGAGAAACCAACCUGGCCGCCGUACCUGGAUAGAAUGGACGUCUGAGUUCAAUAGCAUGGUAUAA